AUGUCGAUUGAAAUCGAGUCUGCUGAUGUAAUUCGUUUAAUACAACAAUACCUUAAAGAGUCUAAUCUCGUCAAAACAUUACAAACAUUACAGGAAGAAACUGGUGUAUCAUUAAAUACAGUGGAUAGUGUAGAUGGUUUUGUGGCAGACAUAAACAAUGGACAUUGGGAUACAGUAUUAAAAGCAAUACAAUCAUUAAAAUUACCAGAUAAGAAGCUUAUCGAUUUGUAUGAACAGGUUGUCUUAGAAUUAAUUGAGUUACGAGAACUAGGUGCAGCCAGAUCAUUAUUACGCCAAACAGAUCCUAUGAUUAUGAUGAAACAACAAGAACCUGAACGAUAUAUUCAUUUAGAAAAUUUACUUGCACGCUCAUAUUUUGACCCACGCGAAGCAUAUCCUGAUGGUAGUACAAAAGAGAAACGUAGAGCUUAUAUAGCUACAGCUCUUGCUGGUGAAGUGUCUGUAGUACCAUCGAGUAGGUUACUUGCGCUAUUAGGACAAGCAUUAAAAUGGCAGCAGCAUCAAGGUUUACUUCCACCUGGUACUACAAUAGACUUGUUUAGAGGGAAAGCAGCAGUACGAGAUCAAGAAGAUGAGAAAUAUCCAACACAACUUUCGAAACAAAUCAAAUUUGGACAAAAAUCUCAUGUGGAAUGUGCAAGAUUUUCACCCGACGGUCAAUAUUUAGUUACCGGAUCUGUUGAUGGAUUUAUCGAAGUUUGGAAUUUUACAACUGGUAAAUUUAGGAAAGAUUUAAAGUACCAAGCACAAGAUAACUUUAUGAUGAUGGAGCAAGCAGUAUUAUCAAUGGCUUUUAGUCGUGAUAGUGAAAUGUUGGCUGGUGGUGGCCAAGAUGGAAAAAUAAAAGUAUGGAGAGUACAAAGUGGACAGUGUUUAAGAAGAUUUGAAAAGGCUCAUUCAAAAGGUGUUACGUGUAUCCAGUUUAGUAGAGAUAAUAGUCAAAUACUCUCUGCAUCGUUUGAUACUACAAUAAGAAUACACGGGCUUAAAUCUGGAAAAACGUUAAAAGAAUUUCGAGGACAUUCAUCUUUUGUGAACGAAGUCGUCUUUGCACCAGAUGGACACAAUGUAAUAAGUGCUUCAUCCGACGGAACCGUAAAAAUUUGGAGUUUGAAAACAACGGAAUGUGCGGGCACAUACAAAUCUUUAGGUGCUGCGGAUUUAACUGUAAAUAGUAUACAUCUUUUGCCUCGAAAUCCCGAACAUUUUGUCGUUUGUAAUCGCUCGAAUACGGUAGUAAUUAUGAAUAUGCAAGGCCAAAUUGUAAGAUCAUUCUCAAGUGGUAAACGGGAAGGCGGUGACUUUGUUUGCACGGUUGUCAGUCCAAGAGGUGAAUUUAUUUACUGUGUUGGUGAAGAUCUUGUGCUUUAUUGUUUCUCUACAUCAUCUGGAAAACUCGAAAGAACUCUCAAUAUACACGAGAAAGACGUAAUCGGCCUAACGCAUCAUCCCCAUCAAAAUCUUCUGUGUUCUUACAGUGAAGAUGGUCUCUUAAAAUUAUGGAAACCCUAACUUGUUAUAAAUACACUUACAUGUUUGAUAUUACUCUA